AUGAGGUUCAUCAGAGACAGCUUUUUUGGUCGGAUAGUGUACCAUGUUUCUGGUCACAAAAUCUUGGGAUACAAGGAGGAAAAGCCAGACUAUGUCAUACCUGAAAAGUACCUCAACGGAAACUUGGUCGAGACUCAAAGCUCGCUGACUCUUGAAGGUAAUGAAGCCAAGACCACCAAAACCAAACUUGAAACCGAGCCGUGUGAAGGAGAUGUUGCUCCAAUUAUAGUGGACUAUGAUGGACCCGACGACCCAGAUAAUCCUUACAACUGGGCGAUCUACAAAAAAGUUUUUUUUAUUAUCGAAAUUGGCAUUAUGACCAUCUCGGUGUACAUGGGUUCGGCGAUUUACACUCCAGGAAUAGAAGAUAUGAUGUCAGAUCUUCAUACAACCAGAGUCAAAGCGACACUACCAUUGGCAAUGUUUGUCAUAGGAUAUGGAAUCGGACCAUUGAUAUUUUCCCCGAUGUCAGAAAAUGCUGCUCUUGGUCGAACCUCCAUUUACAUCGUUACGGUGUUCUUUUUUUUCAUAUUUCUGAUUCCCCAAAGUUUUGGACCAGCAACUCAUUCCCUUGCUUCCCUUACUGUGCUUAGGCUUCUAGCUGGAAUUUCUGCUUCUGCACCCAUGGGAACCGGCGGUGCUAGUGCUAGUGAUGUGGUGACAGUGCCAUAUAUGCCAAUGGGAAUUAUUGCCUGGAGUAUGGCAGGAAUAUGUGGACCUACCCUUGGACCAUUGGUUGGUUCAGCCAUCAUCAAUGCUUCGCAAGGUCUGUGGAUAUGGACUUUUAGGUUCAUGAUGAUAAUUUCUGGAGCUUCGUUUCUCUUGUUCGGGUUCACUUUACCUGAAAGUCUGGGAAAGGCCAUUUUGCGUCGAAAGGCUCAAAGGCUUAGAGCACUCACAGGUAACCCAAAUAUCGUCAGUGAGGGAGAAUUGGAGAACCAAAGUAUGACACUAAGGGAAGUUGCAAUUGACACAUUAUGGAGACCAAUUGAGAUCAUCGUCUUUGAACCAGUGGUUCUUCUGAUAGACUUGUACAUAGCAUUGAUCUACUCCAUCAUCUACUUGUGGUUCGAGGCAUUCCCCAUUGUGUUUGUGGAGACGUAUGGGUUCACUUUGGUCGAGUUGGGUGUGUCUUACUCUAGUGUGUACAUUGGCAUGUUCAUCGGUUCCAGCUUGUACAUUGCGUACAUGUACUUUGCACACACCAGAAAACUUCUAGAAGGAAAAGCCGAGCAAGUAACUCCAGAAGUGUUCCUUCCUCCUACAAUUGUAGGAAGUGUGGUUAUGCCAAUUGGAAUCUUUAUUUUUGGCUGGAGUGCCAGUGCCAAUCAGCAUUGGAUUGGCUGUUUAAUUGGCGCAGCCUUGUUUGGAGCAGGCGGAUUCACUGUGAUCCAGGCGCUAUUCAACUACAUGGGAAUGUCCUUCCCGCGGUAUAUGGCUUCUGCAUUUGGUGGAAAUGCCAUUUUGAGGUCUUUAAUGGCCGGUUGCUUUCCGCUCUUCGGAGCUCCACUUUUCAACAAUCUCAAAACCCAUAAAUUUCCAGUCGCCUGGGGAAGCACAAUCUUGGCAUUGAUCUGUGUUGGCAUGAUAUCCAUCCCGGUAACGUUUUACUUGUUGGGUCCACGCAUUAGAGCCAGAUCCAAAUAUUCGGGAUUUUAA